CUUCUAUCAUUUUCUUCCACAUACUCAAAGACAUCAACAAUGAACCCGUCCAUCGCCAUCAUCGGUGGCGGACCAAGUGGGCUACUGUUUGCCCGACUCCUGGAGGUGAACGGAAUCACAGACUAUGUCGUCUUCGAGCGCGACGAGUCACCCGUACCAGGUCCAUGGCAGCAAGGAGGCACCCUUGAUCUUCAUGGCCCUUCCGGUCAGUUGGCGCUCAAACGAGCGGGUUUGUUUGACAGAUUCAGUGAAGAGUUCGCCCGGUGGGAUGCCUCGCGGAUGCACAUUGUGGACCCAAAUGGCGAGACUGUUGUCAUGUUCGGUGAAGAUGACCGCAAUUCUCCGGAGAUCGACCGCUUGCAGCUUCGUCAGUUGCUGUUGGACUCAGUUCCGUCGGAAAAGAUUCGCUGGGGUCAUGGUGUGAGUGCCUUGGAGAGGAGAACGGACGAAGAGCCUUCGGAUAAGGAAAGGGACAAUGGUUGCAUCAUUCGCUUCAGCAACGGCAGCUCUGCAUCCGGAUUCCGACUGAUUGUUGGUGCCGAUGGCACCUGGAGCAAGGUCCGUCCUCUGCUCACGCCAACUAAACCCGUGUAUUCUGGCAAGAUGUUCAUUGAAGGGAGCCUAUCCAUUGAUAACCCGAGUUAUGCGAUGGCCAGGGAAAUGGCAGGUUCAGGAGGCAUGCUAGCUAUCGGCAACAAGAAAGCGAUCGCUGUGCAGCAGCUCGCCGACCGGACGUAUCGUGUGUACUUUGGAUUGACUGUACCCGAGAACUUCUAUAGCCAUCGCAGCAGUGUCAUAGCCGACGAUCUCACCGACAGAACAGAGGCUAUGCGCAGCCUGUUGUCGUCUUCGAGUGAUUACUUCGCGACCCACGGCCCACAGCUCAAAGCCUUUGUUACAAACGCUGAGGGGCCCUUCCGCUCUUGGCCGCUAUAUCGUUUCGACCCAGAGGUAGUCGGCUGGGCUCGUAAUGUGUCUCGCGGGGUUACCCUUCUGGGGGAUGCUGCACAUGCGACGACACUGUUCGUUGGUGAAGGUGUCAACUGCAGCAUGCAUGAUGCUGUCGUUCUGGCAGACUCUGUCGUGGAACACUGCGGAAAGGGCACAAGCUUUUCCAAUGACAAUGCAAUGCUAGAAAGCGCUCUGGCUUCGUAUGAGAAGGACAUGUUCUUGCGUGGACGAGAACUCAUCCGGCGGUCCACAGAAAGUGAAGCCACCAUAUUUUCAGACGACGCUCCUGCCCGAUUCAUGGAGUUUCUCACAGCUCUCAUUGCGAAGAGG